CCAAACCCAUUCUUAAUAAUUAUCAUUGGAUUAUUACCAUAACACGAUCCCGUCACCACGAAUAUCCUCUUCCAUUUCGAGACAAAUCUCCCGCAAGUCGUUCUAGCUUCACAGUAGUAUAAUAUUAAAACCCCCAAACUCGAAGAAUUUGCAAGCCCAUUAGACUUGGCUUGACGUCUACUACCAAAGUAUUUCAAUUCAAAAAGCUCCAAAUUCCGGAUCAGCCUAAGGUUACACACAGGGAUUCACUUAUUUACCUGGUCGUUUCCUUUGCUCUUCUCUCUUCCAUCUUAUUCAUCCACGAGCACGCAAUACAUUGGUGGCGCACCCCCAAAUUUCAAAGAGGUCAAUUGCUGAAUGCCACUCUUGGAUCACGUCUUACCUUUUCAAGUCUUUCGAGAACAAAAGCCUCUUUUUUUUACAAUUAGAAAUUGCACUAUCUAUUCCAGCCUUCGACCUGCAUUUGAAUAGUUCCGAUCCUUUUUCCUGUCCACUUAAUCUUCCGCUCUCUCAGGUUUCACAGCCAAGUUGCUUUUUACCACAAUGGCUGCUACCAAAGUUGGCCAUGGAUUGGCGAAGGUCCUUGGUAUCAAACUCAACUAUCGCGAUGAACUCAACAGUCAGGAGAUUCUACGAGGAGAGUCAGUCUUUUCCAUUCAAACAGCCGAUACAUUCGUAGAGGAAGAACCUCGAAGUCUAGAAUGGAUCCAGGAUACCCUUCCAAGUCGACACGAUCUCGCCGCUUAUGGCCGCUCGCUAUUUCCAUUUUUAAGUUGGAUUGGCUGCUAUAAUCUGCAAUGGUUGUUUGGAGAUUUGGUAGCUGGUAUUACUAUUGGUGCUGUCGUCGUACCUCAGGGUAUGGCUUAUGCUACCCUCGCUGAGCUCAAACCUCAAUUCGGUCUUUACUCAUCCUUCAUGGGAGUUCUUGUCUACUGGUUCUUCGCUACGUCAAAGGAUAUCACUAUCGGACCUGUUGCUGUCAUGUCGACUCUCGUUGGUCAAAUUUUGGUGAAAGCUGCUGUCACCCAUCCUGAUGUUCCUGGUCAUGUCAUUGCAUCUUGUUUGGCUGUAAUUGCCGGUUGCAUCAUCGCUUUUAUUGGACUUAUUCGAUGCGGUUGGAUUGUCGACUUGAUUUCUCUCACUUCAAUUUCGGCAUUCAUGACUGGUUCCGCUAUCAAUAUUGCUGUUGGACAAGUUCCAACCUUGAUGGGUAUCACAGGCUUCAGCUCCAGAGCUUCAACCUAUAAGGUUGUGAUCAACACAUUGAAGGGUCUUCCCAAUACAAAACUUGAUGCAGCCAUCGGCUUGACAGCCCUUUUCCUGUUAUAUGCGCUCAGAGCUGCUUGUAAUUAUGGAGCUAAGAAGUUCCCAAACCACAAAAGAACAUUCUUCUUCGCCGCAACUCUUCGAACCGUAUUUGUCAUUUUGUUAUAUACAUUGGUUAGUUGGCUUGUAAACAUGCAUCAUCGCAAAAAGCCACUCUUCAAGAUUCUUGGUAAAGUUCCACGAGGAUUUCAAAAUGCUGCUGUGCCAGAAGUCAACUCUUCGAUUAUCAACGUCUUUGUAGGAGAUUUACCGGCCACUGUCAUCGUUCUCCUUAUCGAGCACAUCGCAAUUUCGAAAUCCUUCGGACGUGUCAACAACUAUGUUAUCAACCCAUCUCAGGAGAUGGUAGCUAUUGGUGUCACCAACAUCUUUGGUGCUUUCCUUGGUGGUUAUCCAGUCACCGGUUCUUUCUCUCGUACAGCUAUCAAAUCGAAGGCUGGUGUUCGAACUCCAUUCGCUGGUGUCAUAACCGCUGUCGUUGUUCUUCUUGCUAUCUACGCACUUACGGCAGUCUUCUUUUACAUUCCAAGUGCAGCUUUGUCUGCAGUCAUUAUUCACGCUGUCGGAGAUCUCAUCACGCCCCCAAAUACCGUCUAUCAAUUCUGGCGUGUAUCCCCUCUCGAGGUUCCGAUUUUCUUCGCAGGUGUCAUUGUUACCGUUUUUACCACCAUUGAAGAUGGUAUCUACGUAACCAUUUGCGUUUCAUUCGCCGUUCUCAUUUUCCGAAUCAUUAAGGCUAGAGGACGCUUUCUUGGUAAAGUCAAGGUUACUUCAAUCGGAGGUGAAAUUGCCGAAUAUAGAUCAGCACCUUUGGCCGACAAUGGCACCUUCCCAAAAUCUGAUGCCACUCAAUUCGAAGAUUCUGGAUCUCGAACAGUCUUCCUUCCUUUCGACCACGGUGAUGGAACUAAUCCAGAGGUUGAUGUUCAAACUCCUUAUCCUGGCAUCUUCAUCUAUCGAUUCUCAGAAGGAUUUAAUUAUCCAAACGCCAAUCACUAUCUCGAUCACCUUACCAAUACAAUUUUUGCAACAACCCGUCGAACCAACCCUGACCAUUACGCUCGACCUGGUGAUCGCCCAUGGAAUGACCCCGGUCCACGUCGCGGCAAAGCUCCUGAAGAUCAUAGCGACCGCCCUACCCUCAAAGCUAUCAUCCUCGACUUCAGCUCCGUUAAUAAUGUCGAUAUAACCUCCAUCCAACAACUCAUCGAUGUCCGUAAUCAACUGGAUACUUAUGCGUCUCCUUCAGUCGUAGACUGGCAUUUCACCUCUAUCAAUAACCGCUGGACCAAACGUGCUCUCGUUGCCGCUGGAUUCGGAUACCCAACUCCCGAGGAAGAAGGAUCACACCGCUGGAAGCCUAUUUUCUCGGUUGCGGAAAUGGGAGGUCAAGAUAGUGCGGCAGCAGCAGCAGAAGCUGAAACCAACGAAAAAGAAAUUAAGGAACAGCGAACGCGCGAACGGGAUCUGAGAAAUGGAGAUCAAAUUAGAGGAGAUAGUGAGAGUGGAAGUGGCAGUGAUUUAAAAGCUGUGUCGAAGAACGUCACGAGGUCGAGAACAGCUGUUGUUACCGGUCUCAAUAGACCAUUGUUCCACGUCGAUCUUACGAGUGCGUUCCAGAGUGCAGUGGCUAAUGUUAAAGCAAGAGAGGCGUUUGAGGAAAGAGGAGGUAGGGAUACUGGGGUUGUGGCUUAAAUUUUGGGGAUUUCUGACGUUUUUGUUUUUGGAUUGGUUACUUUUUUGGUCGUUUUGAUACCACGAGUGCUUGGAUAUGAUGAUAAAAUUAUGGGGUUGCCAGGAUGUUGGAUGACUGGUCGGGCUGUUUCUAUACGAAGUAAUGGUCACGUACCGGAUUUGCAUUCACGUCCUUGAAUAAUACACAAAGAUUUAUUUCUGUGAAAAUUC